UAGAGGUGGAAGUGCUGUGGCACCUUAUCUUUUUAGAACCUCUUCUCAAAAAGUUUCUGCAAAAAAUCCUUUAAAAAAAAAAAAAGAAAAAAAAAAGAAGAGGUUUCUGCAAUAAAAGUUCUGUGCAAGUAAUCGAGGUCUCAAGUCUCCAAGGGGCGCAUAUAUAUAUAUGUAUGUAUGUAUAUAGCUGUCUUGGCUUUCAGGUCCAUAGCCAAUGUUGAUUCAUCAGUUGGGAAACUGGGUCACUCUGUGUUCACUGCAACAACAACAGCCUUUCUUUAUUAAUGUUAUUAUGAGGCACUCCACAACAACGACAGGUGCUCUAAUUCCCAGCAGGUCAUUACCCAUUUGUUGCUUUUCCACCUCUCGAUUAGGUAUAAGUUCGAGUAAAGUAAGAGUAAGAAGAGGCCUUUGUCGUGCCAGAAGAAGAGUGAGAUACGAAGAAGAAGAGGAAGAAGAGGAGGAAGAUGGGCAUAAUGAGGAGAUUUUGAUGUUGGAAGCGUAUAGCCAGAGUUCCAGAGAAGAAGCUCUUCUUGUGAAAGCUGAAGUGGAUGCUCAGGAAGUAGAACUGCUUAUCUUCAAGGGAUUCUCUUCAAGCUUGAGCUAUGGAACUUCACCAGAUCCGUCAAAGAGCAUUCUUCCAGCUAGAGCUGUGAUCAAGACCGUAGACAUAGUUAAAGGACCUUUUGACCCUUCUAAUAUAGAAUACCUUCAAAAAGGCCUAUCAUGGGAAAAAUUUAAGACUAGUUUCUUAUCAAAUUCCUAA